AUGGUAGCAAAGCGAGCUCUUCUAAGUGGGACGCCUCAAGAAGCCCUAGUCCUGAAAAAGAAAACAAGACCAGCAGGCGGGUACAUGACGAAACAGAAACCUCCGAGAAACCAGAUGGGCCCAACUUUGGUCGAGGAGCAGCUCACUACAGAAAUCUGGCAAUUAAGACUGAUUUUGACAAAGGUAAAAGAUCAAAAUCGAGGGGUUCUGACUCAGAUGCAUCUCAAGAACGAUCCAGGAACUACAGAGGUCGAUCCUCUUCGAACGAUUCCAAAGAGAGGUCAGCUUCUUCCAGACGUGGCAGGCAGCCGAUCAGACGACGAUUAUGACUCUAGGAACAGGGAUCACCGCACUACUAACUACCACGAUAACCGCAAUUACCGCGGACGGGGCGGUGGUUACCGCGGCCGGGGCUACUACAACAAUUACAAACCCUACAACAACUACAACCCGAGAUACCGCGGACGAGGGCGGUUCAACAACUACCGUGGUAACUUCUACAACAAUAACUACAACAACAACAACAACAACAACAGAUACGCGGAGAGUAAGUAUGACCGAGACGUGAAGGAGUACCGGGACCGAAGAAAGAGACACUCUUCCUCCAGAAGCAGGUCACGCGACAGACCCUCGUCCAGCCGGGACAGAAGGAGCAAGUCACGUGAGAGGAACAGGAGGUCACGAUCACGUGACAGUGAUCACAGGGAGCACAAGAGGGAGGUGAAGAUGGAUGAGGGGCAGCAGGACCGGGGCCCGGAGAACAGUUCCUCGGCAGCGCCUCACAGCUCAGAGGAUCCCAUUCCUACACAUUCCGAGUUCGAGAGUCAGCAGCCGGAGGUUACCAUUGAUAUUGAGUCCUUGGGCUGA